GAAAAUGCCCUUCUGACCUUUUCUUCUCUUCGUCGAUAACAUUCAUAGCUGUCCAUAGCUGUCCACAAUUGUGUUCUUCCCAUACCCAGUUGCGAUCUAAUUGUAAUGGCUCUUCUUCUUCUGCGAAACCCCUCUGCACCUCCCCGUUUACCCUCUCCUAUAAUACGCCCCCUCCCCUUUCCCCCCAUUAUCCCAUUCCCAAAUACCGAUCUUGUCUGGACAACUUAAACGAGGAAAGAAGAGAAGAAAACUAUCGGCUUUAUGGCGUCAAAAGAUCAAUCCAAUUUCCAGGAUUUCCUUCCCCUUAUGGCGGAAAAGCUUGGCGGGGAUGGCUUGAUUGGGGAGCUCUGCAAUGGGUUUCAGCUUUUAAUGGAUUCUGAGAAAGGACUCAUCACAUUCGAGAGUCUCAAAAGGAAUUCUGCUCUGUUGGGCCUCCAAGACAUGUCCGAUGAUGAUCUUCUUGGAAUGCUUAAGGAAGGCGAUGUUGAUGGCGAUGGGGCCCUCAACCAGAUGGAGUUUUGUGUGCUGAUGUUCAGAUUAAGCCCCGAAUUGAUGAAACAGUCUCAGUUUUUGUUAGAAGAGGCUCUUGAACAAGAGGGGUUUCAGUACUUCUAACUUGUUUGUUUAUUUCUCUGUGGUGACUUUCUCGUCAUGUAAUUUAAACUUCAGACUAUACACAAAUUGACUGAAUAAAUUCAAAGUUUGAUCA